AUGACACCAGUUCAAUUAAGUGGCGAGUUACAUAAUAAUGGUAAUGGAAAUGGUAAUAAUAUACUAAAUUCCGAGAUCAAUAAAAAUUUUGAUAAACAACAUUCUGUUCAAAAUUUUAAUUUACAAUUGCGACAACAGUAUGAUGACCAGGUUGUACGAAAUGCAAGGAUUAGAUUGGAUUAUAAGAAAUCAUUUAACGAUGAUCCAUUUUUUUACAUAGAUCACAAAAGAACUGGUGGUAUGAUUCUAAACGGUGGUAAUAAUAUUAAUUCCAUUAAUGGUAAUCUGCAUAACAACGGCAAUACAGGUAAUAACGGCAGCAUCUUAGGCAAUCCAUAUAGGUCAAAUACUCCAAAUCCAUAUCUAAUCCAUGAAAAUACUAAAUUACAGCUAUCAAGCAAUAAUAGCGGUAAUAACAGCGGUAGUAACAACAAUAACAUGUUUUUCUUAAAGCAACAGAGUAAUCAAUCUAAUAUCCAAUCACAAAAUAAAGAUAAUAACUUACUUUCGAUACUAGCUCAAAAAAGUUUAGAAAAACAACAGCAGCAGCAACAAAUGUUCCUUCAAAACCAGCAGUUUCAAAGUCAAAUGGUUAACAAUCGUAAAAAUGACAAUAGUUUCCAGCAAGGUGAUCCAUAUCUGAUCAACAAUCAAAUGGGCCAUAACUACUCUAUAAAGGCUAAUAGAGCCUAA